AUUAUUCCCUAAUAGUAGUAGUAGUAGUGGACUCAUAAUUGUUUUUGUUCAUAUCACGGUAAAAUUAUUAUAGUCUAAGAACAAAUAAAAAAAAAAAGGUUUCACUGGGAAAUUGCAACAACAAUGGCAUCAACCUCUUCCUCAACUCUUACAAUAUCAUCUUCUUCCACCAUUUUUGAUGGCAAAGCUCUAAGGAAUUCAGCAACUUCACCACAAUGUGUGAGCCUUCCAACUCUCCCUCCUCCAACUUUGCAAGCUCAAAUUCGUCAAUGGAAGCCCAAUGCUUAUUGCCGCAAGAUUGCUAGGAAUGUUAUGGCAAUGGCCACAGGAGAGGCACCAUCAGAAAUUGCCACUACUGAAACUCCAGAAAUUGUUAAGACUGUUCAAGAAGCUUGGGAUAAAGUUGAAGACAAGUAUGCAGUGAGUUCACUAGGGGUAGCUGCUUUGAUUGCAUUGGUUGGCUCCACUGGUUUGGUCUCAGCAAUUGAUAAGCUUCCUUUGAUCCCUGGGAUUUUAGAGGUUGUAGGCAUUGGUUACACUGGGUUGUUUGUUUACAAGAAUCUAGUAUUCAAGCCAGAUCGGGAGGCAUUGGUGAGGAAAAUAAAAGAAACAUAUGAAGAAAUAACUGGAAGCAACUAAAAUCUGAUGAUGAGUUUAUUGUUGAGGUGCUGUUGACUUUGGAAGACUUCAAUAAUCUUUGCAACACAUUGUUGAAGAUGUCAGCAUGAUUCUUCUUUUUGAGGCCAAAAGCUUCUGACCAAUAAAUACAUUAUCCUAUAUAUGGAAUGUAAUAUGUCCAGAAAAAAAAAAUUGAGUGUAACUUUUUAUAAAUAUUAAUCCACUCUCUGAGACAAUCUCAUUAAUCUCCUCAAGUAUAUAUAGUAGUACGUCUCCAAAUAAUAUGAUCGGUUUGAUUGACUAAAGUUUUUCACUAUCAA